AUGUCUGUAGCUCGGCCACCCGCCGAGGACUCUAACCCUGAGCCGAAGAGGGGUAGGAUGAAAAUUCGACCAGCAUUGAGUUUUUUCAAUGAACACAAAGUUGGAACCGUGCAGCCACAUGAUAAUGCCCUAGUGGUCACCCUUAAGAUAGGAGGGUAUGAUGUGAAGAGGAUGUUGGUAGAUCAGGGUAGCGGUGCAGAGGUCAUGUACCCUGAUUUGUAUGAAGGACUAAGAUUAAAACCUGAAGAUUUAGCAUGUUAUGAUUCACCCUUGGUGGGCUUCAAUGGGAAAGUUGUUAUUCCAAAUGGCAAGAUUAAACUACCCGUGCAAGCAGGUUUAAAAGUGGUGGAGGUGGACUUCAUUGUGGUGGAUGCUUAUUUUCCCUACACGGCCAUUGUGGCAAAACCUUGA